CCCUGAAUGUCCAGGUGUGUGCAUGGCUGUCAGCCGGAUGCCCGGGCCCACUGGGCAGGCCGGCGGCUGCCUGCGGGAUGAGCAGACUGCUGGGGGGGACGCUGGAGCGCGUGUGCAAGGCCGUGCUCCUCCUCUGCCUGCUGCACUUCCUCGUGGCCGUCAUCCUCUACUUUGAUGUCUAUGCCCAGCACCUGGCCUUCUUCAGCCGCUUCAGUGCCCGCGGCCCUGCCCGUGCCCUCCACCCAGCUGCCAGCAGCAGUGCCAACUGCUCGCGGCCCAACGCCACUGCCCCCAGCUCUGGGCUCCCUGAGGUCCCCAGUGUCAGGCCUCCUGGCCCCACAGCUCCAGUCUUGCCACCCUGUCCUGACUUGCCGCCUGGUCUCGUGGGCCGGCUGCUGAUUGAGUUCACCUCGCCCAUGCCCCUAGAGCGGGUGCAGAGGGAGAACCCGGGCGUGCUCCUGGGGGGCCGCUACACCCCGCCCGACUGCACACCCGCCCAGACGGUGGCGGUCAUCAUCCCUUUUAGACACCGGGAGCACCACCUCCGCUACUGGCUCCACUAUCUGCAUCCGAUCCUGCGGAGGCAGCGGCUGCGCUACGGCAUCUAUGUCAUCAACCAGCACGGCGAGGACACCUUCAACCGGGCCAAGCUGCUCAAUGUGGGCUUCCUGGAGGCGCUGAAGGAGGACGCUGCCUACGACUGCUUCAUCUUUAGUGACGUGGACCUGGUGCCCAUGGACGACCGCAACCUGUACCGCUGUGGUGACCAGCCCCGCCACUUCGCCAUUGCCAUGGACAAGUUUGGCUUCCGGCUGCCCUAUGCCGGCUACUUUGGAGGCGUGUCAGGCCUGAGUAAAGCCCAGUUUCUGAGAAUCAAUGGCUUUCCCAACGAGUACUGGGGCUGGGGUGGUGAGGAUGACGACAUCUUCAACAGGAUCUCCCUGACUGGGAUGAAGAUCUCACGCCCGGACAUCCGCAUAGGCCGCUACCGCAUGAUCAAGCACGACCGGGACAAGCAUAACGAGCCCAACCCUCAGAGGUUCACCAAGAUCCAGAAUACGAAGCUGACCAUGAAGCGGGACGGCAUCGGGUCGGUGCGGUACCAGGUGCUGGAGGUGUCCCGGCAGCCACUCUUCACCAACAUCACAGUGGACAUUGGGCGGCCCCCAGCGUGGCCCCCCCGGGGCUGACUCAUGGACAAGAGGCUCUUGGUGCCAAGGGGUGCCUGCCAGUGAACUGACCCCAACCUGGCCAGCAGCCGUUCUGCGGGUUAUUCCCCCCAGGACUGAGACUGGGGGCUCUGCUUUCCGAGGAGCCUCAAUAGGUCCCGCGGUGGCACCUGGAAAUUUCAGAACCCACUCGGGUGCAUCCGGUCUGGGCAGGCCCCUCCUUCCUGCCCCUAUUCCUACACCCCCUCCAGCCCAGCCCAGCCCCCACUCACUGUCAGGGUCGGGCCAGCCCCUGCACUGCCUCGCGGAGUGGCCUGGGCUAGGUCACUUCACCUCUCUGUGCCUCAGUUUCCCCCCUUGAGUCCCCUAGGGCCUGGAAGGGUGGGAGGUGUGUGACUAGAGGGCAGCGUCUCUUCCAGGGGGAGGGGAUCCUCAGACCUGGGGAGUGUCCCCCCUGUGCUCCCAGGGGAGGGGAAACCUUUUUCACUCAAUAUUGUAGGGGGCAAGAUUUGGUGUGCCCCCCGCCCUGCCGAGGAGCAGCCCAGGAGGGGGCAAAAGGGGGUGCUGUGUUGCUGCCUAAGUUUUGGGGCUGGUCUUUGCAUGGGGGGACGAGCAGGGCUUGGAUCCCUCUACCUGGUUCUCGCCUCCCCAGC